UGCAUCUCAGUUCGGUAUGAUUAAAAACUUGGAGCUAAACGACGCAGUAUUGUUAGGGUUUUUAUUUUCUGGCCAUGAAACUGGUGGUGAUAUGUGAGGUUAGGAACAAGAUGAAAUCAUGCACUCUUUCUCCUCUGUUUUUCGGAUUGUAAGUUUGUACCAUGAAUAUUUCCAGUUAAAUCUGCAUUGUAAGCUUGACCAUGAUACUACUAUAUUGGUGAAAGAUUAGUGUGACCUAAGAAUUUGAAGGCUACUGCUCCUGCAAGUAUUUCACUGACAAAUAAAAGAAGGCUUCGUAUAGAUCAUUUCACUGGUCUACAUUAUGUUUCGAUCUCUGACAUGCACUUGAGACUAAGACUGUGGUCAUGCUGUUGCCAUUUAAAGCUAUUUUGUUGCAAUGACCAUAAUCAAUAGGUAAAAACCGCUCUUUGCAAACAUGGAGGUCAUUUCUGGAUGAACACACGGGGUUACAAAAGCUUACUGUAGUAUUGAAACAGUUAAAUGGCCAUGUCAAAAAUACCUAACACCAGACCUGGAGAUUUAAGCUCUACAAAAGAUAUAUUUGUUUCAGCUGUACGCUUUGCUGUGUCUAUUGAGGGACCAUGUUUACCAUUUGGAGAUGAGCUACGAAUCUCUGCUCAAGAGCAAAUCGACUUCAUGCUAGGAGAAGAUGGAGAUACUACAAUCAUCGUCGCCGACAGUGAAGUACAAUCAGCAGUAACAAUGGGUGUGUACAAUAUCAUUCAUUCAUUUGAAACGGAUCUGUGUUCCUUGCUUUUGGACACUUCCCUUGAGCCUGAGGGGGUGUAUAACAGGAUAAUGAAAAGGGUAUCUGAUCUUGAAUGGAUGUGUAAUGUGCUCCCCAAGAUGGAAUUGAUGAAGAAUUUUGUUUCUAACUGGGCUGCAAUCUCAAGUAAAAUUUUGGGGAUCAUUGAAGACAGGAAACUUGACCAUAUCAUGUGGGGGCUGAAAGUGAAAUUGAUAGAAGUAGCAUGUAAAGUUUUGGAAGCAGUUGGUUAUGGUAGUGUGAUUCUUCCAGCUCCAUGUCGAGUGCAAUUGCUGAAGACCUGGUUUCCAUAUGUCCGGAAGAUGAAGCCCUUGCUGGAUUCAAAAGCUGUUGAGGAGAUUGGUUUUCCUUACAAGAUGAAUGAAGAUUUGUGCCAGGCCAUUGAAGGAGCAAUUGUGUCACUGGUAUUGACUUUGCCAUCAAAUGAUCAAGCAGACAUUUUGGCAGACUGGAUCAGAAGUAGGGAAAUUGGAUACCCUGACUUGAGUGAGGCUUUUGAGGUCUGGUGUUAUAGAACCAAAUCUGCCAAAAGGAGAUUAGUGGAAAGUUUAGAUGGCCACAGUGAUACUGCUGUUAGCCCUUGAGUUUGAUUCUAAAAUACUAAUCUUUUGACUUGCCUUUUUUCCUAAAAAAAUAUAUAAUUUUGGACAAUUUUUGCUUCACCAUUGUAAGAUCACAAUCUUUGAUGCCCCAUACUUAAAUUUACUUUAUGUAUCU